AAACUUGCAAAGGUUGUCAAAGUUCUCGGCCGUACUGGCUCCCGUGGUGGUGUCACUCAGGUCCGUGUUGAGUUCAUGGAUGAUACCAACCGAUCCAUCAUCCGUAAUGUCAAAGGCCCUGUCCGUGAGAAUGACAUUCUUACUCUUCUCGAGUCUGAGCGCGAGGCUCGUCGUCUGAGAUAA